AUGCAAUUCUUAAAUACUGUUACUUUAUUUGCCUUGGCCUCUUACGUUGCUGCAAGCACUUCUGAAGUUGUUAAAGUUGAAUCCAGCACUGCUUUGGCUAGUUCUGUUCCAACUGAUGUUGCUGCUGCUGCCAUUGACACUGCUGCUGAAGAAUCAUCUUUAGCUUCUGCUGCUCCUUCUGGCGAAAACCAAAGUGAUGAUGAUGAUGAAGCUGAUGAAGCUGAUGGGGAUGAUGGUGCUUUUGAUGAAGAUGAAAGCGAUGACGAUGAAGAUGAUGAUGAAGGUCAUUACAACAACGGUUACAAAUUUAAAAGAGAAGACUCGAAGUCCAGCAAGGACAAAAACUCUGAUAAAACCUCAACUACCGUAGUCAGCAGUACUGCCUCUGGUUCAUCUAAACCUUCUUCGUCCCACAAACACGAUCACGAUCAUAACAAGACCUCCUCUGCUUCUGGAUCUGCUUCUGGCAAAGCUUCUGGAUCUGCUUCAAGCUCUUCCAAGUCCAAAUCCAAGUCCAAAGACAGUGCCGGUGUUCAAAGCUUCAACUUAAACGUUGUUACUAGCAUUGCUGGUGCUGCUGCCAUUGCUGCUUUGAUGAUGUAA